AGGCAUAAACGAUGAAAAAAAGAAAAAAGAGUUUCGUGAAGAAUCAUAUUAUUUAGCAUUUAAAAGAUUUAGCAAUAUUUUAUUGCAGAUCAAAGAAUAUACUAAGAGUGUAUCAAAACUCAAAGGAUACAAAAAAUUUUUUCAAGCAAAAGACAUUAAAAAGAAUUUUGAGCAACUAACUUCUGAAUUUGAUAAAUGCUUGAUUGAUCUGCACUUUGCGUUAGAUGUUUCUAACGAAGAAGUUAGGAAAGAAGAAUCUGAAAAAGUUGAUAAGGCUUUAAAAGAAGUUGAAGAAACUCUCAAUCAAAUUGACGAUAAACUUGAUGGAAUAGCUCAAGGCAUAGACCUUAUGAAAUCUGAAAUGACUAAAAAAGGUGAUUUCUAUGCAGAUAGGAUCGAUUCAAGUGAAUUAGGUGACCUCGAGACUCCUAUAUUUAGAGAAAAA